UGCGGUGCUGAUCGAGGGCUGUGCCGUGAAAACUUACAAGGAUAUGGAGAUGAUGGAGCGCUGAAUCUGGAUUUAUUUCCCGUUUUAUUCGAGCUGUGAGAUCUGAGAGGAAAGAUGAAUUCUGCUGAGGCGGCGGAGGACGGACCCAAUGAUUCAGACACGGACGCGUUCUUCAAAACAGGGUCUUUCAGGAGUGAAGGCAUUAAAGCGUCUGAUGUUCUUCCUGUGUUGAGAGAGAAAAUAGCGUUUGUUUCAGGCGGCCGUGAUAAGCGAGGCGGUCCCAUCUUGACAUUCCCCAUCCGAAGUAACCAUGACCGAAUAAAACAAGAAGACAUGAGACGACUCGUCACAUACCUGUCCACCGUGCCCAGUGAGGAUGUGUGUAAGAGGGGCUUCACUGUGAUUAUUGAUAUGCGUGGCUCCAAGUGGGAACUGAUAAAGCCAUUACUGAAGACCCUGCAGGAAGCUUUUCCGGCUGAGAUCUGUGUUGCUCUCAUCAUCAAACCAGACAACUUCUGGCAGAAACAGAAAACCAACUUUGGCAGUGCAAAGUUUACAUUUGAGACUAGCAUGGUGUCCGUUGAGGGUUUGACCAAGCUUGUGGACCCAUCUCAGUUAACGGAUGACUUUGAGGGCUGUCUUGAGUAUAAUCAUGAGGAAUGGAUAGAACUCCGAGUCUCUCUGGAGGAGUUCCUGUCCAGUGCCGCUCACCUCCUCUCUCGUCUGGAGGACCUGCAGGAGACACUGGCCAAGAAAGAGUUCCCAGUGGAUGUGGAGGGCUCACGGCGGCUCAUUGACGAGCACACCCAGCUUAAGAAGAAGGUGAUGAAGGCUCCAGUUGAGGAGCUGGACCACGAGGGUCAGCGUCUGCUGCAGUGCAUCCGCUCCAGUGACGGCUUCUCAGGGAAGAACUGUAUCUCUGGUAGUGCUGACUUCCAGAGUGUGGUUCCUAGGAUCGCCAGUCUGCUGGAUAAACUCCACAGCACCAGACAGCACCUCCACCAGAUGUGGCACCUGAGGAAGCUGAAGCUGGACCAGUGUUUCCAGCUCCGAUUGUUUGAACAGGAUGCAGAGAAGAUGUUUGACUGGAUCAGUCACAAUAAGGAGUUAUUUCUUCGGAGUCACACAGAUAUCGGCGUAAGUUACCAGCACGCCAUGGAGCUGCAGACGCAACACAACCACUUUGCCAUGAACUCAAUGAAUGCAUAUGUGAAUAUUAACCGCAUCAUGUCAGUGGCGUCGCGGCUCUCGGAGGCGGGUCACUACGCAUCACAGCAGAUCAAACAGAUCGGCACGCAGCUCGAUCAGGAGUGGAAGGGUUUUGCCGCCGCUCUCGAUGAACGCAGCACCAUCCUCGCCAUGUCUGGAGUCUUCCAUCAGAAAUCUGAACAGUUUCUAUCGGGUGUGGAAGCUUGGUGUAAGAUGUGCAGUGAAGGUGGUUUGCCAUCUGAGAUGCAGGAUCUGGAAUUGGCAAUUCACCAUCACCAGACACUCUAUGAACAGGUCACACAGGCUUAUACAGAGGUGAGCCAGGAUGGUAAAGCAUUGUUGGAUGUUCUUCAGCGUCCAUUAAGUCCUGGUAACUCUGAGUCGCUGACAGCCACAGCCAACUACUCUAAAGCAGUGCACUGCAUCCUGGACGUGGUGCAUGAGGUGCUGCAUCAUCACAGGCGGCUGGAAAACAUCUGGCGACACCGCAAGGUCUGUCUGCAUCAGCGACUGCAGCUCUGCGUCUUCCAGCAGGACGUCCAACAGGUGAUUGACUGGAUCGAGAACCAUGGGGAGGCGUUCCUCAGUAAGCACACAGGUGUUGGGAAAUCACUGCACAGGGCCAGAGCCUUACAGAAGCGCCAUGAUGAUUUUGAGGAGGUCGCGCAGAACACUUACACCAAUGCUGAUAAACUCCUGGAAGCGGCCGAGCAGUUGGCCCAGACAGGCGAGUGUGACCCAGAGGAGAUCUAUAAGGCGGCUCGACACCUGGAGGUCAGGAUCCAGGACUUCGUUAGGAGAGUCGAGCAGAGAAAACUAUUGCUGGAUAUGUCUGUCUCCUUCCACACGCACACUAAAGAGUUGUGGACGUGGAUGGAGGACCUGCAGAAGGAGCUGUUGGAGGAGGUAUGUUCAGACUCUGUUGAUUCAGUUCAGGAGCUCAUCAAACAGUUUCAGCAGCAACAGACGGCCACAUUGGAGGCCACACUCAACGUCAUCAAAGAAGGCGAAGACCUUAUACAACAACUCAGAGACUCAGCAAUGAGCAGUAAUAAGCUGCCGCACAUGAGCUCCAUCGCUCACAUUGAGAGUGUGCUGCAGCAGCUGGACGAGGCGCAGGGACACAUGGAGGAGCUAUUCCACGAGAGAAAGAUCAAACUUGACAUCUUCCUGCAGCUUCGCAUCUUUGAGCAGUACACCAUUGAGGUAACAGCAGAGUUAGAUGCGUGGAAUGAAGAUCUGGUCCGUCAGGUGAGCGAGUUCACCGUAGAAGAGCCCAGUCAGGCUGAGCAGAGACUGCAGCGACAUGCAGAGAGAAAACUGGCCAUGAACAGCAUGACUUAUGAGGUCAUGCAGCAGGGUCAAGACCUGCACCAGUACAUCAUGGAGGUCCAAGCUUCAGGUAUUGAGUUGACCAGUGAGAAGGAGGUGGAUCUGGCCACUCAGGUUCAGGAGCUGUUGGAGUUUCUUCAUGAGAAACAGCAUGAGCUGGACAUGAGCUCAGAACACACACACAAACAUCUGGAGCAAUGUGUGCAGUUACGCCACCUGCAAGCUGAGGUUAAACAGGUUUUAAGUUGGAUUCGUAAUGGCGAGUCUAUGCUGGAUGCAAAUAUGGUGAAUGCAAGUUCACUGUCAGAGGCUGAACAACUACAGAGAGAACAUGAACAGUUCCAGCUCGCGAUCGAGUCUUUGUUUCAUGCUAACUCUCUGCAGAAGACUCAUCAGAGUGCACUACAGGUGCAGCAGAAGGCAGAGCUGAUGUUACAGGCUGGACACUAUGACCCUGAUGCCAUCCGCAGCUGUGCUGAGACGGUGGCAGUGCACUGGCAGCAGCUCAUGCUGAAGAUGGAGGACAGACUAAAGCUGGUCAAUGCCUCUGUGGCCUUCUACAAGACAUCAGAACAGGUUUGUAGUGUGUUGGAGAGUCUGGAGCAGGAGUACCGGCGGGAUGAAGAUUGGUGUGGAGCUCAUGAUAAACUGGGAUCUUUGGCAGAGAUAGAUCAUAUACUUCCACUUAUCAGCAAACACCUGGAGCAGAAAGAGGCUUUUCUCAAGGCUUGUACUCUGGCCAGACGCAAUGCUGAGGUUUUCCUCAAAUACAUCCACCGGAAUAAUGUCAGCACUCAGGGCUCGUCUGGAAACACCCGUGGUCCUGAGCAACAGGUCAAAGCCAUCCUAAAUGAACUGCUGCAGAGGGAGAACAGAGUUCUGCAUUUCUGGACGAUGAAGAAGCGAUGUUUGGAGCAGUGUCAACAGUACAUAGUGUUUGAACGCAGUGCCAAACAGGCAUUAGAGUGGAUAGAGGAGGCAGGAGAGGUCUAUCUUACCACUCACAAGAGCCCUGGAGUCUCAGUGGAGAAAACUCAGGAACUGCUGAAAGAAUAUGAAGAGUUCUGCAUCUCUGCCAAGCAAACUAAAGAGAGAGUGAAGAUGUUGAUCCAGUUGGCAGAUAAUUUUGUGGAGAAGGGACACAUGCAUGUCACCGAGCUGAAGAAAUGGGUGACGACAGUGGGCAAGCGCUACAGAGAUUUCUCCCUACGUAUGGGCAAAUAUCGCUGCAGUCUGGAGAACACGCUGGGCAUCAGCUCUGAGGAUAAUAAGGAUCUGGAGUUGGAUAUCAUUCCUGCAAGUCUGACCGACCCUGAGGUCAAACUGCGUGACCCCAACCAUGAGGUGAAUGAGGAGAAGAGGAAAUCAGCCCGCAAGAAAGAGUUCAUAAUCGCAGAACUGUUACAGACAGAAAAGGCCUAUGUGAGGGACAUACGUGAAUGCUUAGAGACGUAUCUGUGGGAGAUGACCAGUGGAGUGGAAGAAGUACCUCCAGGAAUCACCAACAAAGAGCAAAUCAUCUUCGGGAACAUUCAGGAGAUUUACGACUUCCACAAUAAUAUAUUCCUGAAAGAGCUGAUUAAUUAUGAGCAGUUACCAGAGGAUGUGGGCCAUUGCUUUGUCACAUGGGCUGAUAAGUUUAAUAUAUAUGUGAAAUAUUGCAAAAAUAAACCAGAUUCCAGUCAACUCAUUCUGGAGCAUGCUGGGAGUUUUUUUGAUGAGAUACAGAAGAGACAUGGUCUGACUAACUCCAUAUCAUCAUACCUUAUCAAACCUGUGCAGAGAAUCACCAAAUACCAGCUGCUGCUCAAGGAGCUGCUGUCGUGCUGUGAAGAGGGCAAAGGUGAAAUUAAAGAUGGGCUGGAGGUCAUGCUGAGUGUUCCAAAGCGAGCCAACGAUGCCAUGCAUGUCAGCAUGCUAGAAGGUUUUGAUGAGAAUCUGGAUGUCCAGGGUGAACUCAUUCUGCAGGACACCUUCCAAGUGUGGGACCCCAAAUCGUUGAUCCGUAAGGGACGAGACCGACACCUCUUCCUAUUCGAGAACUCCCUCGUCUUCAGCAAAGAGAUCAAAGACUCGGCAGGACGAUCUAAAUACAUUUUCAAGAACAAACUACUGACAUCUGAGUUGGGUGUAACAGAGCAUGUGGAGGGUGAUCCAUGUAAAUUUGCUCUCUGGGUUGGACGCACACCCUCGUCAGACAACAAAACUGUCCUAAAGGCAUCCAGUAUCGAGGUGAAGCAGGAAUGGAUCAAACACAUUCGUGAGGUAAUUCAGGAGAGAAUCAUUCACCUGAAGGGGGCACUGAAGGAACCAAUCCACAUUCCCAAACCCCCCGCCAAACCUCGCAACAACAGCAAGAGGGACGCUGGUGAAGAUGCAGACAGUCAGGGUGAUGGCAGCAGUCAGCCGGAUACCAUUUCCAUUGCCUCCAGAACCUCUCAGAACACUAUGGACAGUGACAAGCUCUCUGGAGGAUGUGAGUUGACGGUGGUCCUGCAGGAUUUCGUGGCGGGUAGUGCAUCUGAGCUCAGUAUCCAGACAGGUCAGACUGUGGAGCUGUUAGAGCGGUCCAGUGAGCGUCCGGGCUGGUGUUUGGUGCGGACCACCGAGCGGACCCCUCCUCAGGAGGGACUGGUGCCCAGCAGCGCUCUCUGUAUCUCUCACUCUCGCAGCAGUGUGGAGAUGGACUGCUUUUUCCCUCCAGGCAAAGAGAACUAUACAGUUAGCGGUCCAGAAGGGAAGACGGAGUCCGUGACCUCGUUGCAGCCGCAGGCAUCACUGAACUCCCUACAGAGCAGUUCACCGGGACCCAAGCGCUCUGGAAACACACUGAAGAAGUGGCUGACCAGCCCCGUCCGGCGCCUCAGUCACGGCAGCAACAUCAAGAAGAUCCCCAGCAAACAGAAGCCAAAACGAGAUGGACGCAAGAGCAUCGACCUGGGGCCACCCGAACUACAGGACGACACUCUUGAGGAGAGAGUGCGUAAAGAAGAGAGAACGCUCUCCAAAACUUCUUCGGGGAUGCACAGCGGAGGAGAGGAGGAACCUGAGGAUGAGUCACACACCCCCCUGCCUCCACCCAUGGAGAUCAUCAAAGACCCCUCCGCUCAGGAAGAGAAGUCGUCUGUGCUUCUGGCUUCUCGACAGAGCUCGGCUGACGUCCCCAGUGCUGCUGAGCUUGUCAGUGCUAUAGAGAAACUGGUCAAAACUAAGAUGACACUGGAGUCGGGGUCUUACCUAGGGAUUAGUUCAGUGAACACAGCAGACCAGAGCUCAACGCCACCCAGAAACCCUGAACUGGAGCAGAAAGCCAAAGCAAUGCGAGGACGCAUGUUUGUUCUGAAUGAAUUAAUUCAGACAGAAAAAGACUAUGUGAAGGAUUUGGGUAUCGUGGUGGAGGGUUUUAUGAAAACAAUAGAGGAUAAAGGCGUUCCUGAUGAUAUGAAAGGAAAAGAAAAGAUCGUUUUUGGAAACAUUCAUCAAAUCUAUGACUGGCACAAAGAUUUCUUUGUGGGAGAACUGGAAAAAUGUCUUGAAGAUCAGGAAAAGCUGCCCGGGCUGUUCAGUAAACAUGAGAGAAGACUACACAUGUAUGUUAUUUAUUGCCAGAACAAAUCCAAAUCUGAAUUCAUCGUUGCAGAGUACGAUUCAUACUUUGAGGGGAUUCAGCAAGACAUCAACACCAGACUUGGCAUCAGUGAUUUCCUCAUUAAGCCCAUUCAGAGAAUCACCAAAUAUCAACUGUUACUAAAGGACUUUUUGAAAUACAGCUCAAAGGCUGGACUGGAUUGUCAGGAUAUAGAGAAGGCAGUAGACCUGAUGUCACAGGUGCCCAAGCUGUGCAAUGACAUGAUGAACCUGGGAAGACUGCAGGGAUUUGAGGGUAAGGUGACGAGUCAGGGCAAGCUCCUGCAGCAGGAGACGUUCUUCGUGACAGAGCAGGAUUCAGGCGUACUGUCCCGCAGUAAAGAACGCAGGGUCUUCCUCUUCGAGCAGAUCGUCAUCUUCAGUGAGCUCUUACGCAAAGGCUCGUCCACACCAGGAUAUCAGUUUAAAAAGAGUAUCAAGGUGAGCUACCUCGGUCUGGAAGAGCAUGUUGAAAACGACCCUUGUAAGUUUGUGCUGUCGUGUCGUGGGUCGGCCGAGCGUUUUACCCUACAGGCGGCAAACACAGACAUUAAACAGCUGUGGGUUAAACACAUCACUGAUCUACUGGACUUACAGAGCAACUUCCUGUCAGCUCUGCAGUCUCCCAUCGAGUAUCAGAAAGAGCGGAGUGGCUCUCAGUCUCUGACCCGUAACUCAUCGAGCAGUGGGCGUGCGGGUCAGUCCAACAGCCGGCCCGGCUCUACUGCAUCACUGGGAGCAGAAAAACCCGCUCUGUCCGAACGGAGCUCCACCCCACUAAAGCUACCUACCUCCAACGGCAGCUCCUGCCACGACUUGGGCAGAUACCACUCCCCCAGGCAGCAGCAUGACGGUGUGGGUUGUAACGGUACGUCAUCCUCCUUGAUGGUGACUCAGGACUAUAAUGCACUGAAAGAGAAUGAGAUCUGUGUCACGCAGGGUGAGACGGUGCAGAUACUGGCAACUAAUCAGCAGAACAUGUAUCUGGUGUACCGUCCCGCUAACAGCCAAUCACCAGCCGCAGAGGGCUGGGUGCCGGGACAUAUCCUGGGCCCGGUCACGAAAUCCCUUGUAGACACAACUGCAGACUCAAACAUCAAGAAGUCUCUGUCAUGGAACACGCUUCGUGCUCGCAAGCGUGCUGAGAAGGACAUUACGCCCCUCAAAAGUGACAUUAAGGUUGAGAAUGGACUGCGUAAGACUAAAGAUAUUCUCAGCAGCAAGGUCACUGUAAAAGAGACUCACAGCUCAGAUGAGUCCGAAUGUGAGGAUGAACUAGACCCCAAAACUAGUAUGGAGUUAUUGAACCCUAAUUUCAUCCAAGAGGUGGCUCCAGAGUUCCUGACCCCUUUAGCAGACGUGACUUGUGCUCUGGGGGAGACGGUGGUGCUGUGCUGUAAAGUGUGCGCUCGACCCAAACCAACCAUCACACUGAAAGGACCCGAUCAAAGUCUGCUGGUCAACAACAACAGAUUCACUAUCAACAUCAGGGACACUGGUGAUAUUGUGUUGAAGAUCUGUAAUCUGAUGCCGCAGGACACCGGCAUCUACACCUGUGUGGUUGUAAAUGAUCACGGCACAGCCUCCUCUUCUGCCUCCAUUAAAGUACAAGGUAUCCCAGCAGCCCCUGCUCGGCCUGUGGCACAGGAAGCCAGCAGCACGGCUGUGAUCGUCCACUGGCUUCCUCCGGCCAGCUCUGGAAACUCUGCCAUCUCCAGCUACACUGUGGAAUACAGACAGGAAGACUCUCUGGUGUGGCAGCAGUCGGUGGUCUCCACUGCAGAUGUGUGUGUGAAGAUUGAGAAUCUGAUUCCUGGUGGGCAUUAUCAGUUCAGGGUCAGUGCCAGUAACCCCUGGGGCAUCAGCCCACCCAGUGAACCCUCAAACAUGGUGACGUUACCCAGCACAGCCUCGACAUAUGAUGGCACAGGAAUCCAAUGGAAAGACAACUUUGAUUCUGCGUUCACUGAAAUAUGUGAAAUUGGACGGGGUCGUUUCUCUGUGGUCAGGAGGUGUCUGAGUAAAGCCAGUAAGAAGGAAGUUGCUGUGAAGUUUGUCAAUAAGAAGAUGCAGAAGAAAGAGCAGGUGGCCCAUGAAGCUGAUAUCCUGCGUCACGUCCAACAUCCACAGCUGGUGGCGCUACUUGACACCUAUGAGUCGCCCACAGCGUACAUGCUGGUUCUUGAGCUAGUGGAAGAUGGUCGUCUGUUGGAUUAUUUGGUGGCUCAUGAUGAGCUAAUGGAGGAGAAGGUGGCUUUCUUCAUUAAAGACACACUGGAAGCUCUGCAGUACCUGCACACCUGCAGAGUUGCUCAUUUGGACCUCAAGCCUGAAAACCUGUUGGUGAACCUACACGUGCCAGUGCCCUGCGUGAAGCUCACAGAUCUGGGUGAUGCUGUGCAGAUCUCGGGUCACCGCUAUGUGCAUCUGCUCCUUGGGAACCCUGAGUUUGCUGCUCCUGAGCUCAUCCAGGGUACCCCGGUGUCCCUUUCCACAGACGUCUGGAGCAUGGGGGUGCUGGCGUACAUCAUGCUCAGCGGCGUCUCACCGUUUCUGGAUGAGAGUCUGGAAGAGACCUGCGUCAACAUCUGCAGGUUGGACUUUUGCUUUCCUGACGAGUACUUCUGCGGGGUGAGCCAUGCCGCCAAAGACUUCAUCUUGUCUACGCUUCACCAGGACCCCCGAAAGCGGCCGAGUUCAGCCACGUGUCUGCAGCACCCGUGGGUCAGCGCUCACAGCGGAGAUUAUUCCAAAACACCGCUGGACACCAGCAGACUCACUGCGUUCAUAGACAGACGCAAACAGCUACAUGACGUCAGACCGGUGACUAAUGUUAAAGGACUAGUCAGCAGUAGUAUGGGUCACACCUUAUGAGACAAGUCCAGACUACAGUCAUUAAAAUAUAUCAUAUAAUUUGUGCACUUACGUGACGUUUUCUACAGAGUGGACAUUCUUAGAUAAAUAUUCCAGGUUCAAUAAAGUUACUCCUCCAUCACUUAUAACAAAAAAGGCAGUUGGAGGAAGGCACUUACAUGUGAAUGGGGCCAGUCCGUAAACACUAAAAUACACACCAUUUGUUAUCAUGGCAUUUAGUAUGUGUUUUCGUAGAAUCAAAUUGUAUAUAACUUUACACAGAAAAGUUUAGUGAGUGAUUUUAUAACACUAAAAUCAUGUUAACACAUAUUGUUUAUGUCUUGUGGUUCAGUGUCUCACUGUAAACUACAUUUUUGCUUUUUUAAUGAAAAGUUGUUUGGACAAGUAUUAAAUGGAUGGUUCACCCAAAAAGAAAAUGGUGUGAAAAUGGAGAAAAUGGAGUGGUGGUGGCGUAGUGGGCUAAAGCACUGAACUGGUAAGCAGAAGGUUGUUGGUUUGAUCCCCACAGCCACCACCAUUGUGUCCUUGAGCAAGGCACUUCAUUCCAGGUUGCUCCGGGGGGAUUGUCCCUGUAAUAAGGGCACUGUAAGUCGCUUUGGAUAAAAGCGUCUGCCAAAUGUGCAAAUGUAAAGAAAAAGGCUUUCAUCAUUUACUCACCUACAUGUUCCAUAUAAGUACGAGUUUCUUCUGUGGAACACUUAAUAUGUUGUUUGGCAGAAUGUUGAUUGGAAUAUAAUGCAUGAGCUGUAUGGAAUACUUCUGGUGCUUUUAUGGAGCUCAACACCUUCUGUGCCCUUUCAAUUUCUUCGUAUGGAACAGAGCGGUAUUCUGCACAUCCUUCAAAGCCAGACAGGUUUGGAGCAACUUUAAGGUGUUAUAAAUGAUGACAGAGUUUUCACUUUUGGGUGAACUAUUCCUUAAAUGAACUGUGGUCAGUUGAAAGCAAGAAAGAAAGUCAGAGUUGUGUCGAAAGUGGUGAGGAGUUGGAUAUUGAACGACCUAAACAGGAAAAUCCGUCAUCUUUAAUUCAGCAGAUCUAUUUUUCUCAAACUCCUCAAGAUAAACAAAAGGAUGUAGAAUAUUACAGGUAAUAAUUAUUGUACAAAUAUAACUGCAUGUAGAAAGAAUUGAACAUCCACCAUAUAAAAUCAGUUUGGAAAGUCUGGCCUCAUGAUUUGAGUUUUAUCACCAAUGUAGAUUAUUUAGUGAGGCAGUUUUUAGCCAUAAUGAGGAAUUGUAUCAAGAAUGUUUGUGAUUGUAUUUCUGUUUGUUUAUUUGAAUGUUGUUGUUUCAGAUAAUUCGCUUAAGCAGAUAAAGCUUAUUUAACAUUUAUUUAAUUUCAACCAAUCCCCACAUAAUGUCCAGGUAGAACCCCAAAGCCUUAAACUCUGCUUAUUUAUUAUUUUUCACAUAUUUAUGUAUUAUAUGAAUGUCCAGGUAUUUGUGUUAAGACAUUUACAUUUGAUUGUAUUGUUCAACUAUAGUUCUGUAUGUUGUAGGCCUACAGUAUGUGAUGUCAGAGGUGUCCAACUGAAUGUCAUGUCAGUCAUAUAUCAGCUGUGACAUGUCAAAUAAAUUCAUAAACUGUUUCAGAUGAUAAUGUGGCCAAAUUAUCGAACACACUCUGAAGGAACACUUUUUAACCAUUAUUACUGUAAAAUGACAGUGAGAGUAACCUAACGUCCUGUCUACAAUGGACUUGUGGACAAUGGAAACUGCUCUUUCCCUCAAAUUUGUUUUAACCAUUUUAAAGUAGGCCUACUUAUUUAUUAGAAUAAGUCAACUGGUAUUAUCACCAAAAGCCUUUGUGUCAUUCCACAGGACAGUACAACAGUAUCAUUUGCAGGUUAAUAUUUGUAUAUCUGGUUGGAAACACUGCUAUGGACAGUUCUGUCAAAAAUGUAUUUGACAUACAACAACACAUCACAAUGCUACAGUUGACAUGACUGUAUUUCACUCUUCUUUAUUGGUCAGGGACUCAGGCCAUUGAAUGACGUUUCAGUUGUGUAUUAUGAUAGCAUUAUAGCAUGACACACCUGUGAAUACUGCAUUAGGACAAUCAUCACAUUAAUGACAUCACAGCAACUUUGCUUUUGCUGAGAUCUAUCUCAUGUAUAACCUCAUCGGUACCUGCUGUAUAUUGCUUCUGCUCUGCAUUGAUAACCUCUGUCACAUCAUAAGUGUUUGACUCAGCUUCAUGUCAGCACAUCUGAAACAAGCAGCAUAAUGUUAUCAGAAUGUUAGUUUAAUUCUAUAUUUACAUAAAAUAGUUUGAAGCAGCUAUUAGGUCUCUAUCAAACUUUGAUGUUUCCUGUGUAAACCAGUGAGGCAGGGUCACAGCCUCUAUCUCAGGAGUUCUCUGAAGAAUAUAGCCACAUCUACUCUACUCCAUGCAUAGGCCUAUAGCCCUGCAAUAGGAUUGUAUAGAAGUCUCUGUGUAAAAUUUGCAUUCAAAAACAGAAAUAUUCUUUUUCUUGAUUCAUAUGGGCUGUUUGUUUGUAACUGAAUGUUUAAUAAA